CCAAAAUCGCACACCUCAUUAGAUAAUGUAAGACGAAUUAAAUUACGUGGUUUGGUUUAGUUGCGAUUUCAUCGCCUUGCAGCAAGGGCGUGUAGCACUGCGUUGUUCCUCAAAAGAUAUCAAAAUGAUGCCACAAAUAUUUGUUAUAUUUUUCGGGAUCAUUUCCGGGAUAAAUUCUCAACAGUCGUACUUUUCUCUCCCGAGUAGAUUGAGAUUUACCCGUGGAGAAUUUCCCGUCCCGUUGUUUUACCAGGCUAGUAGUCCGACCAGUGCACCUGCCUCCCGGACCGAUUUGCAACAACAGUUUACCGAUAUUUUUAACUGGAGUAAAGAUCUAGUUAACGAUUCACGCUUUAAGGGAUGUCCAGUCCCAAAUAUUAGCGAUAUUUCCAACGCGAGUCCAAAAUCUUCGUUGUUUUUUGGGUUAAAUCCUCAGCACAGGAUGGCAGCCAUGAGAUUGCGUAGUAUUCUUAAUGAUGAGAAGAACUUAGAAAAGAAAAUCUGCCUGGCCGGAGCUCUGCGUGACUUGCCUGGAAUUAAUCCAAACGCUUGGAUUCGUGGCGUUUUUGGAGCAUAUUUCUCAACUUCAGAGCUCUUUUCGUUUAAUGCUCCACCACUUGUGGAAGUCAUGCCGAACAUUUUUCUGAGCAGAGAAGCUCUCCAAACGGCGAGAGAACAGGGAAAUAAUCCUGAUCAAAGUGCAAGGGGUUGCACUGUAGUUGAUGGACGCGUCGGGAGUGAUAAUGGCAUCGAGAAUGUUUUGUGGUACUUUCGAGAGGAUUUGCAAGUCAACUCAUUUCAUCUAAAUUGGCAUCUUAUUUACCCAAUUAACGGUCCAACAAAGGCUGAUCGACAAGGAGAGCUUUUUUACUUUUCUCAUCACAGUCACUUGGCUCGCUAUCACGCGGAACGCUUGUCUCUAGGGCUCUCCCAAAUCGCACCACUUUUCAUCGAUCACAACACAGUUGUCGGGGAACAGUAUAAUUCCCACUUGGAUGAUACCAACUCGGGACAGACGUGGACACCGAGACGUGCAAAUAUCUUGGUACAAGAUACACUGUUUGAAAAUAUGGUGGGAGCGCCACCCUUUAUCACAGUUGCUAAUCAGAGUGAGCUUAUCGCCAGGGUUGUCGAUUCUAUCCGCAGGGGAGAAUUAUUAUUGCCCAACCGACAAGGAGCCGUCUUGUUAGACUCCAGAACAGGAGUUGACCUAUUAGGAGAUUUAAUCGAGGCCACAACUUACACCAUUAACGGAGAUUAUUAUGGCAGUUUCGGCUUCCACAAUGAAGGUCACGUCCUCCUCGGUUUUAUCGAGGACCCUCAAAACGUGACAGGCUUACCGCCCGGAGUUAUGGCAGAGGUAGCGACAGCGAUGCGUGACCCAAUAUUUUACAGAUAUCACACCGCAGUGGAUCAAGUGUUUGACGUGUAUAAGGAACUCUUGGUUCCAUAUCAGCGUGACGGGGGAGAAUUACCCUUGAGAUGGGAAGGAAUUGACAUCACACAAUUUCACGUAACUCAAGACGACGCAACUCUACCUGCCAACAGAUUGACAACAUUCUUUACUCAAAACACUUUCGAGUUAUCAAGAGGCCUAGACUUUCAAGGGUCUGGAGUUCAAGGAAAUGUAGGCGCCUGUGUGACACAGUUAAAUCAUAACUUGUUUACUUACACGAUUGACAUGAAUCGUGCCCCCACCCUUGGCUCUGGCACUGCUACCGUGCGAAUCUUCAUGGCACCCAGAUUUAACGAAAGAGGGGAAAGAUACUCGAUUCUUGACCAGAGAAAAUUAUUUUUUAUGAUGGAUCUUUUCAGAGUUGAACUUCAACCUGGAUUAAAUCGCAUCACUCGGCGUUCCACAGAAUCGUCUUUAACGAUCACUCCUCCCAGUGAUACUUCGUCUGAAACCAGAUACUGCGGAUGUGGUUGGCCUAACCACAUGCUCCUCCCACGUGGAACUGAGGCUGGCAUGCCGUUCGACCUUUUCGUUAUGCUAACAAAUGGAAACGAGGACACCGUGCGGUCAACAGGACAGCCACCACAGGCUGGUCAAUGCGCUCCAGCUCCGAUCUAUUGUGGCAGGAUGAACGACACUUAUCCCGACGCGAGACCCAUGGGUUAUCCGUUUGAUAGAUUACCAUACGCAGUGGCCUCGGCUGAUGCAUAUGGAUUGUCGGACGUGCCAAGAUAUGUGGCUACGUUGGAAGAGUACGUUGCUGGGAUUGGGAACAUUGCGAUUGCAGAGGUUACGAUAACCCACGUCGGCUCAACGGCUGCGGUACUGCAAUCACAAAAUAUACUCUCAACCAACCUAAAUCCUAGUCAGGCCGACGGGAUUACUGGUCAGGACAAUACCAUUAGGCGACGGCGCGCAAGAAAGCGUGCACGCGUUGCGUCGCCACUGCCAAGACCUCAAGGAAAUUCGGAGACGUCGAGUUCUUUCGCUUAUUAUUUCCGAUCGCGAUAAUUGUGAUUAUCACUAUGUAAAUAGUAUGACAUUGGUGAAUAUAUAUUUAUAUUUGUCUACAAAGAUUUAUACGUUUUGUAACAUGGUUUUUGAAAGUAAAAAGCGUAAACUAAUAGAAGAAA